UUUUAGAAAUUGCAUGUUAACUGUUAUAUAGCCAAAGAACAGCAUUCUGACCUCUGCCCUGUGACUUCCUGAUCUUAUAAAUACAAGGGCAGAGCUGGGGUCCUGUGAGCCCAGGAGUCCUCAAGCCAGCUCUGACUGCCCACCGGGAGGAUGAAGGUCUCCGAGGCUGCCCUCCCCUUCCUCAUCCUUGCUGCUGCCCUUGGAUCCCAGGCCCGGGUCAUACAUGGUGAUACAGAGACAAGAGAACUCACGGUGGAAAAUCUUCAGCUUGGAUCUUCAGUAAUGAGCCAUGGUAAACGAUCAGAUAUGAGGGUGCUCUCUGACAGCUGCAGGCUUGGCCCCUAAGUGGCCCUUUCUCUUGCUGCAGGCUUCCAAAGCCCUCCUGACUGCUGCUUCUCCUACACCCCACGAAGCAUCCGGUGUUCAAUCAUGGAAGAUUAUUUUGUAACGAGCAGUGGGUGCUCCCAGCCAGCUGUCAUCUUCCGCACCAAGAAAGGGCAACGUGUCUGUGCCAACCCCAGUGACAGUCAAGUUCAGGACUGCAUAACAAAGCUGAAGCUGAACUCAAAUAUCAAGGGCCCAGUAAUAAUGACACUUGUUGACAAGAUGGGACACUAGUUUCCAGACAACCCACCUCCAGCUCUCUUGCCCCAACUCCCUUAUGAGCAUCUCUUGACCUGAAUUAUUUUUUAAAAAACAACAUU